ACUGGGAAGAGAUGGCAGGAACCAGUGCAGGGGCCCGCUUCUACCGGCAGAUCAAAAGACACCCCGGGCUCAUCCCGAUGAUCGGCUUCAUCUGCUUGGGCAUGGGCAGUGCUGGGCUCUAUCUGCUGCGACUUGCACUGCGUAGCCCGGAUGUCUGCUGGGACAGGAAGAACAAUCCAGAGCCCUGGAACCGCAUGAGUCCCAAUGACCAGUACAAGUUCCUUGCUGUUUCCACUGACUACAAGAAGCUGAAGAAGGACCGGCCGGACUUCUGAGGCAGGGCCCGGGGUUCCAUGUGAAUCGCUUUCCACUCCCUGCCCUAGACCCUAGGGCGUCAGUCUAGCAACACUGCCCAGCUUCUGCUCACACGGCCCGAUUCCCACGCACAGGGGUUAGAGCUCCGCCCCCACCCCCUCCCUUGCUCCCAGCAGAGGAAGAGCCUCUGACCCUCAGCUUGAAUCCCACGGUGGGGGAGGGGAGUCAAGACUGCAGGCAGAAGCUGGGGUUGACCCAAAAGGCCCAGGCCGGCCCCUCUCUCCUCCUACCCCCCACGCCUAACUGGGUGUGGCACAGGCUACGUGUUGAGCGUGCCAGACGUGUGCCAGCAGCAAGCAGGGGCCUGAGUGCCAAGAGACGUGGCAGGCCCCACGUUAGCUCCAGUUCUGAGCCAGGUCUAGGGGGAGCAGCGGCCCAGGC